AUGAAGUUCGACACUAGCAUUCUUCUUGCCUCUUUGGCUGCUUCCGCCGCCGCCGCUCCAGCUGCUAGGCCCAACAAUGUUGCUAUUGAGAAGCGCUUCCCUGACGGAACCGCAGCCCAGCAACUUCCUGCACACUUCAUUUCCACCGUCCGCAGGCUCACAAGCGAGAAGAUUAAGACCAAGCGUCAGCUCGAUGGUCUCCUCGGCAGUCUGAAUGGCGGCGGCCUUGGUGAUCUCCUUGGAGGACUGACUGGCGGCGGUGGUGGUAACGACGAAAACGCUCAGGCGGAUUCUGGGAAUGCUCAGGAGGGUUCUGGCAACGCCCAGGAGGGUUCUGGCAAUGCUCAGGAGGGUUCUGGAAACGCUCAGGAGGGUGCUGGCAACAAUCAGAAUGCCAAUGCUGGUGCUGGUGCUGAGAACGGUGCAGCAAACAAUGGCACUGAGGCUGCUGGAGCUGGAAAUGCCGCUGCGGGUAAUGGGCAGGCUCAGAUCGAGGGAGAGGAUGAGCAGGCUCAGGGAAAUGCCGCUGAUGAAGGUGAUAUUCAGAUCAAUGGAUUCGCAGGAAAUGAUGCGCAAGCUGCUGGACAGCAAAACGCUGGUUCUGCUGCCGCCCAGCAGGGACAGGCUGGUACUGCCAACACUGCUUCUGCCCAGAAAGGAGCAGAAAACGCGGAUGCAGCUGCUGCUCAGCAAGGCCAGGCACAGGCGGGCAAUGCUAACGCAGCCUAUGGUCAGCAAAACCAGGCAGCUAAUGCAGGAAAUGCCAAUGCUGCCUCUGCUGAGCAGGCCCAAGGUCAAGCUGGCAAUGCCAACAAUGGUGGUGCUCAGCAAGGACAGGCAGCUAACGCUGGAAAUGCCAAUGCUGGAAAUGCCGACGCUGGAAAUGCCAAUGCUGGAAAUGCCGACGCUGGAAACGCCAACGCUGGAAACGCCAAUGCUGGAAAUGCCAACGCUGCCUCUGCUGAGCAAGCCCAAGGCCAAGCUGGUGAUGCCAACAACGCCGCUGCCCAACCAUGUGCCGGCGCUGCUGGCGCUGCUGGCGCUGGUAAUGCCAAUGUAGCAGACGCCCAGCAAGCCCAGUCUGGCAACGCCGGCAACGCUGGUGCCGCAUCCGCUCAGCAGACUCAAGGCCAGAACCAAGCCGGUUCCGCCCAAGCCUCUGGUAACGCUGCCAACAAGGGCGCCACUGCAGCCGGCAAGGCUGAUUCUGCACUUGCGGACUCCCAGGAGGAGGACUAA